GUCAUUCGACGGUUUUUGUGGAUACGGGAAAAUCAGAUUACACAAGUGAAGCCAGAGACCCAGCACACAUCGCCGGCCUGCCAUGACGCAAAACUCCACUAGUAAGAUUAUAAACGGAGAUGCCUUACACCGAACGAAGCAAGACAAGAAAGUAUGCGGAAAUGGCUUCGUGAAGAACCACUGCUUGUUCCAACAGAAGAGAAACCGCCGCCCGUCGGAGAAAAACCAUCAUGCUUCAUGCACUUCGCUUUAUAAAAAGCCAUUUGUGGAGUCGUUUGAGGAGACGCCGCUGCUGGUUGCCGUCUUUACCUACAUGGGCUACGGCAUCCUUACCAUUUUUGGCUAUCUGCGAGAUUUCCUGAGGGACUGGAAGUUUGAGAAGUGUCAUCUGGCCAGAGAGCGAGAAGAACAGAAGGAUUUUGUUCCACUGUACCAGGACUUUGAGAACUUCUACACCAGGAAUCUGUACAUGAGGAUCAGAGACAACUGGAACAGGCCCAUAUGCAGCGUCCCUGGAGCCAAGAUGGACCUUGUGGAGCGGGUGACACCUGACUAUAACUGGACCUUUGAACACACAGGGAAUGUUCUGAAGGAUGUUAUUAAUAUGGGCUCAUAUAACUACCUGGGCUUUGCUGAGAAUACCGGCACAUGCGCUGAUGCUGCCUCUGAGUGCACGGUGAAAUACGGCGUGGGGGUUAGCAGCACCAGGCAAGAGAUAGGAAAUCUUGACAAGCAUGAGGAGCUAGAGAUUCUGGUGGCCAGGUUUUUAGGGGUUGAGUCAUCCAUGGCCUUUGGAAUGGGCUUUGCUACAAAUUCCAUGAAUAUUCCUGCGCUCACAGGAAAAGGCUGUCUGAUCUUAAGUGAUGAGCUCAAUCAUGCAUCUCUGGUUCUGGGUGCACGUCUCUCUGGCUCUACCAUCCGUGUAUUCAAACACAACAAUAUGGAAAGUCUGGAGAAGUUACUCCGGGAUGCAAUCGUUCACGGCCAACCUAGAACCCACCGGCCCUGGAAGAAGAUCCUCAUCCUCGUUGAAGGAAUUUACAGUAUGGAAGGCUCAAUAGUGCGACUUCCUGAGGUCAUUGCCCUAAAGAAGAAAUAUAAAGCUUACCUGUACCUGGAUGAGGCCCACAGUAUCGGGGCACUAGGACCUCGAGGCAGAGGUGUGGUGGACUACUUUGGCCAGGAUCCGUCUGAUGUUGACAUCAUGAUGGGCACUUUCACCAAGAGCUUUGGUGCUGCUGGAGGAUACAUCGGAGGAAAGAAGGAGCUGAUUGAUUACCUCCGCUUACAUUCUCACAGUGCAGUUUAUGCUACCUCAAUGUCCCCACCCAUCAUCCAGCAGAUUAUCACUUCCAUGAAGUGCAUUAUGGGAGAGGAUGGCACCACAUUAGGUCAGGAAAGACUCCGUCAGCUGUCAGAAAACACAACCUACUUUCGCAGGAAAUUACAUGAGAUGGGCUUUAUCAUCUAUGGGAACAAUGACUCCCCUGUUGUACCCUUGAUGCUCUACAUGCCAGCUAAAAUCGGAGCAUUUGGGCGAGAGAUGCUGAAGAGGAACAUUGGGACGGUGGUGGUUGGGUUCCCCGCCACACCCAUCAUUGAGUCCCGAGCACGGUUUUGUGUUUCUGCUGCCCACACCAGAGAGAUGCUUGACAAAGCUUUAAAUGCCAUCAGUGAAGUUGGAGAUCUACUCCAGCUGAAAUACUCAAGGAAAAACAGACACGGGAGUGAAGGAGCUGACAGUUUUUCAUUUCUGGAGAGCCACCAGGAUUAGCACUUUCUCAUGAUGGACUGAAUGUGUAUUUGUCCACCCCAGAGAAAUGAAUGUCUGUCUGACUUAAGUGUCAUUUUCAUGUUGAUUCAUUUCAGUGGACACUCACUCAAGUCCACCAGCUGACCAAACUUCAAGUCUUACCUCUGGGUUCAGUAACCAAUAUUCAUUUCAUCGUGCACUCAUUUCAUUUCAACUGUAGGAAAGAAUUCACGUCACUGUGUUCAGCAUCACAAAUGGCACAGGAGAAAGUCUGAUGCUUCCUUCUACACAGUCUGAAACAAAUGAGAGGGCUUUUGUCUUGUUUUCCAUUUAAAAAGAAAAUCGCUAACAAGGUUUAUUUACUCAGUCCUUUUUCUCCAUUUGCAAUUAAUGUUUUUAAUAAAUAAAGUAGAAUUCGUACAAAGUUUAGUACGAUUUAUGCUUUAAACAAGAAAAAAAAUCAAUUUGCCAAUGGAGGACAAUAAUCGUUUUUCAAGACAUGUAUUGUUAAAGUCUUAUUAUAUUAUACAGUUAUAUUAAACUCUUUAAGCAAAAUUUAAGGAAAUGUCGAUUUUUACUAGAAAACAAGACAGAAAUCCUGAUAAAGAAAAUGUUUUGUUUUGUGUAGAAGAAACGGAGACACACACUUGUACAGUAAGUGUCAUCUUUUAAUGAGAAAUAAGCUCAAAAAUAUAUCUAAAAAAGAGAAAUCUACUUAUGAAGGAGAUCAUUUAUUUUAGUUUAAUCGUGAAUAAGAAUGUGAUUUAAUAUCCAUACAAAUACUGACACAUAUUUAUUAAUGCACAUUGCAGUGUCUGCAUUUAUCUGCAUUCACAUACUAGCUUUGCAAAGGUCCACAAAUCUUCAAAUAUCUUAUUUUAAUCUUUUUCACAAUGCAAAUAUGAUUGUAUAGGUAAAUUAGCGAUGUCUUAAUGAACUUGUACAGAAGAAUGCAGACAACGUUCUCUGUUUUGUUUCAUCAGAGCUUUCUGUAUUUCAAUUUGAGUUAUGGGACUUUCCAUGAAUAGGGUACAGUUUGGUGUCCCUCCUCUUUAUCCUUUUUUUUAAGCACUAGAUGAACAAAGCUUGUAAAGAGAUGUUGCUUGUAAAGAGUAAUCUCCAAACAUUAUUUGGACACUUUUUACCCAAAUUAUAUAUACAUAGAGAGAUUUUUUUUUUUUUUCAUUAAUAUUUAUUGCAAGAAAAAACAUAAAUUCUGGGCUGUUAAUCUCUAUAUAGACAUGUUUUGCAAAACCUCAUGCAAAAAAUGGAAUGUGUUUUAAAAAAAAAACCUCUAUAAUAUUUAGUUUGACAUUCCUGGGUUCAUAAUAAACAUUUUCUGAAGGUUAAAAGCCUUACACAAUCAGCUUAAAAAUGUUUUUUUUUUUUUUUUUACGAGUUUCAAGACACAGUUUGUACUCUAUUUGUGGAAGGUGCCUUUAUGUCUUACUUGAAUAUCUGUUACUUGCUGACAGUUUGCAUAUUUCACGACUAAGUAUGAUAUCUACACUUACUAAAAGUAUAAUGUCUAAUGGGCAUUUCACAAAGGCAGAGGUCUUUCAUUGAGCCAACAGAAAUUGACUGAUGUUUUUCACUCAAUGUUUGAUUCUUUAUAUCAGCUGUUAACAGACAGCAGUGAAACAUGUUUGUGCUGCCUUUUGUAUUGUUUUAUUGUUAAAGUGCUAGAUGUGGGUCACUGAUAUGAUAUGAAGAGCUCUUGUCUGUAUGUAUGAUGAUGUGGCUUAUGAAGGCCUGUCGGAUGUACUUUGUGUUUUUUUCCUCCAUUCCCUUUUGUGUUUUUAAGUCUUGUUCUUAAUCGGAAAGGCAGCUCUGAAUAUGUCUCUGAGUGCAGACGUAUGUAAGUGACUUCAGAGCUACUAAUGACUGUUAAGAGAUGCAGAUAUGACGUUGGCUUUAAGCAGCCUGUAUAAAUGUAAGUAAUGCUACUGAGCUGCAUUUGACUGAAACCAAAAGGCAUUCCACAAUUUCUGUUUCUUUCUUGUACAUUCUGAGUUGCAGUUGUCAUCAAAUAUACAGUCACGUUUGUCACAUGCAAGAAAUUGAAAUUCUUUGAAUGUGACUGACCAUUUGUUUCUGAAAAUAAUGAAAUAAAUAAUCCUGAACAUUU